GCUAGCUAGAUAUAUGGUCCAUGGCCACUUCCCCGUUCUCCAACUUGUUUGUAUUCCUCCACUCCGCUUCUCUUUUCUUUCUCUUCCUUGUCUGCUCUUCAAAAAGGAGCUAUGCCUUUGAAGGAAAAACAACUAGUACUGUGGAAAGCAAGGAUAUUCUCCAUACUCACGUUCUUCGAACCAGUUCUCUACUGCCAUCAACUGUUUGCAAAUCACUUAGCAAAGUUAUCAACGUAAAGUCAUCAUUAGCGAUUGUAAACAAGCAUGGUCCAUGCUCUCAACUGAACCAAGACAAACCAAACGCUCCCUCUCAUUCUGAAAUUCUCCGUCAAGACCAAGCCCGAGCUGAUUCAAUCCACUCCAUGCUCUCCCUAAGUUCCACGGAGAAGACAUCACUUCAAGACAAACCAGGAAUCUCGAUUGGCACCGGGAAGUACCAGGUCACCAUGGGCUUUGGCUCGCCCAAAACGGAGCUUUCCCUGGUAUUUGACACUGCUAGUCAAUUAACUUGGACUCAGUGCCAGCCAUGCUCUGGAUAUUGCUAUGACCAAAAGGAACCAAUAUUCGAUCCAUCAAAGUCAUCAUCCUAUACCAACAUUCAGUGCUCCUCGGCCACGUGCAAACAAAUUUCUUCCGAAGGUAUGCGAGAAGGUUGCUCUUCCUCAUCAUCAUGUGUGUAUGGCGUCACAUACAGUAAUACAACAUUUUCCGUUGGCUUCAUGGCUAAAGAAACCUUAACCAUAACAAGUUCAGAUGUGUUUCAAGGGUUCUUAUUUGGCUGUGGGCAAAGAAACCGUUUCCCUAACGGUGGAAGUGCAGCUGGGGUAUUAGGACUUGGCCGUGGAUGGUUUUCCCUAGUAUCCCAAACUGCUAACAAGUAUCACAAAGUAUUCUCCUAUUGUUUGCCACCAAGUGAUAGAUCAACCGGAUACCUAAGAUUUGGUGAUAAGAACCUCCCAAAUUCCGUUCAAUUCACACCCAUGUCAAGUUCCUUUCAAGGAACACACUAUUACGGCCUUGAUAUUGUCGAUAUAGGCGUAGGAGGCGAGAGACUAUCCAUUGACAGGUCGGUUUUUACGACUUCAGGCACCGUCAUUGACUCAGCAUCUUUGAUCACACGCCUCCCUCCGGCAGCCUAUUCAAGAGUCCGGAGAGCUUUCGAAGUAAGGAUGACCAAGUAUCCAAGGGCACCGGCAUUCGAAUCUCUAGGGACGUGCUUUGAUUUUAGUGGUAAUACCAGUGUUGUAAUGCCAACGAUCAGCUUAUACUUUGAUGGGGGCCUUGAGAUGCCUAUUGAUGCUAGAGGGAUUUUGUAUGUUAACAAGAUAUCUCAAGCCUGUCUGGCUUUUGCCAAAAAUGGUGAUGAUAGUGAUGUAAUGAUCCUAGGAAAUUUUCAACAGAAGGGGUAUGAGGUCGUCUAUGAUGAUGCCAAUGGAAGGGUUGGAUUUGCACCUGGUCGUUGUGGCUAACUUGAGCUACAUUGAUCUUAGACUAUUAGAUUUGAAUAAGAAUAAGAAUGCUCUAAUUAACUCAGCCUUGGC